AUGAUUUUGUCUCUUCGUGAGAGUCUUGAAACUUGUAAAGGUUCCCUUGCGACAUGCCAAACUGAGCUUCAAACCGCAAAAUCUGAAAUUCAGAGGUGGCGCUCUGCAUUUGAGAACGAGUCUUUCAUACCUGCUGGGGCAUCUCUUGAACCUAAACUAGUGAUCAACUAUCUUCAGACCCUGAAAUCUUCUGAUGAGUUAUUGAGAGAGCAGUUAGAAAAGGCAAAGAAGAAGGAAGCUGCCUUCAUUGUAACUUUUGCCAAACGGGAGCAGGAGAUAGCGGAGCUGAAGACAUACUGGAGGACUGAUGUUAUUAGGAAGACAUAUGCUCAGAUUGGCUUAAAUGAAAAGAGCAUGAUAGUGGACCUGCCAGGUCUUCGUCGCCAUCUUAUACUGUUGUAUGUGUAUCCUGAGCCUUACUUGAUGGAGUUUUCGUGCUGCCUGAUUGACCGCGUUCAUAGGGCUUCUGCACGUUGGGAAUACCUUGCAUUAAGACUUAAGACUGGAGACUAUAAGUUUGUUAAUUUGAUUGAGGAGAAGGACAAAAAGGUGAAGGAAUUGCAGGAUAAUAUUGCUGCUGUGAAUUUUACUCCACAAAGCAAGAUGGGGAAGAUGCUGAUGGCAAAGUGUAGGACACUGCAAGAGGAAAAUGAGGAGAUUGGAAAUCAAGCUGCGGAGGGAAAGAUGCAUGAAUUAGCAAUGAAACUUGCUCUGCAGAAAUCUCAGAAUGCAGAACUCAGAAGUCAAUUUGAAGGACUGUACAAACACAUGGAGGGCCUGACAGAUGAUGUAGAGAAAUCAAAUGAAACGGUACUUCUGUUGCAGGAAAAGCUAGAGGAGAAGGAUCAAGAGCUUAAAAAGCUGAAUUUUCAACUACAGCAGAAGACACUGGUGGAGGAAAAAACUGACACAUGUGCUAAUAAAACAGAUAGCACUGAUGCAAUAAAUGAUACUUUAUUCAAAAAGGAGGCUGAGGUCAACUAG